UUCAACCGGGCAGCAGUCAGUUGAUGCUUGGCUCGCGUUUAGAGUGUGUGUCUCGUCUUCCUCUCUCCCACUCGUUACGCGCUCGAUCCAAAUAAUUAACAUAAAUUGAAACUAAUUAAUUUAGGGACAUUUGUGUAUUGUGUGCUUAGAACUGGAUUCUCACGUGUAUGUGUUACUCUGUGGACUUUAAAAAAAUAAGUGGUCAUUGACAUUAAUUACUAAAUGACAUUUGCACCUCGAACGGACUAUUAUUAAAAAUUCACGCUCUUCUAUGUGGAUAUAAGGAUAUGCCUGUGGGAGUUUGAAUAGAAACUUGUGUCCAUGUCUGGGAAUAACAAAAACUUAUAACAUCGAGUCUGCAUAACAUUAGAGUUCCAGUGACGUAUACAUGAGAUGUUAUGGGCUCACGCGGCGUAGCAAAAUGGCGUUGGUGCGUGGUGGUGAUGGCAUGGGCGUGGGGCGCUGCGGCCCGCACGCUUUGUCCGCGAUGCGCCUGCGACGACGCACUGCGGGCUGCCUCUUGCGCCAACGCUGGCCUCGAGAUCGUUCCUAUACAACUAAAUCCGGAGGUUACCCACAUCAAUCUGACGCACAAUGCCAUAAACAGUCUUCUUUAUACCUUCACCUUCUAUACCCAGCUCACUAUUCUCGAUAUUUCGUACAACAGAAUUCAAGAAUUAGGUAGUAAAAAUUUUGAAAACAACAUGGACAUGACUAAUCUUAAUGUGAGUCACAACAUGCUCAAGCGUCUAGACAAGGACACCUUCAUGGGACUAAAGAGACUCAUCGAUUUAGAUUUAUCUGAUAAUGAAAUAUCAAAUAUACAUGCACAAACAUUCAAAGAUUUGUCUAUGUUAGAACGACUCGACUUAUCAAAUAACAGACUUGUGAGCAUUGAACCGGACACAUUUGAGCCCCUGUCGACGUUGAAGAUAUUGUCGAUCAGAAAUAAUUCUAUAUUAGACAUACCCUCUGCCAAUCUUUUCUAUGUUAUUAAUUUAGAAUUUUUAGAUCUAUCAGAAAAUUUAAUACAACAAGUAUCAAAACAUGGUAUACCAUAUAUAAAGGAAUUGAAACAUUUAGAUUUGAAUAGCAAUAUAAUUGAAAAAGUGGACCAAUUAGGUUUCCACAAUUUACCUUCACUGCGUCACUUAGAUCUUAGCGACAACAACAUUACCUCAAUUCCAACAGCAGCACUAUCUAAAAUAUCGAAUUUGUCCCAUUUGUAUCUGAGCGGAAAUUUCAUUCAGAAUAUAACUUCGCUAUCGUUUCAAAGUCUGUUCCAUUUAAAACAUUUGCAUUUAAGCAGACUUUACGAACUUGACAAAAUUGACUCUAGAGCUUUUGUCGACAAUAUAAAUUUACAGAAGAUAUGGAUGAAUGAUAAUGUAAAAGUGAGAGAGGUCCCUCCAAGACUUUUUCACGGUAAUCCUAAGCUGACUCACAUAUACAUCAGAAACAAUGCAUUGGAAACAUUAGAGGCAUCUCACUUCCCAAUAGAUAGAUUGCAAGAAUUGGAGAUUUCUGGAAAUCCAUUUAUAUGCAAUUGUUCGUUGCUGUGGCUAUGGAAACUGGGAAAAGAUAGUAAAAUAAACAACAAAAUAGUUGAUAAUUCAAGCUUGAUUCUAAAAAUAGACUAUGAGGAUGUGAAGUGUGCAGGCCCGGUUCACUUGAAGGGCGCUCUAUUUGUACAGAUUCCGGAAUCGGAAUUUGGGUGCUCAAGUGGAUGGGUGAUAGUAGCAGUAGUGGUGCUAACUGUGAGUAUUGUUAUUAGUGUAGUCGGUGGAAUUUUGUAUUUCCUGGGACCUUUAAAGAAGUGUAAAGGCGACAAAUCGAAGCAGGUGAUGACAAGUGUUAUGUUGAACGGUGAUGUGUCCAAAUUAGGAAAUGGGUUAGGGUAUUCAACAAGAGGAAGAGAGCAGGAGAACAAGAGAGAAGUAGAUCGGUACUUAAUGAUUGGGUCUUCUGUAACCAAUAAUUUUCAUUCUUUAAAUCCCCCUUGGCACAGUGUGGAUAAAAAUCCUUAUUAUCAAGAGGAUAGUGAAGAACACAUUUAUCAACAGUUCGCGUACGAAACUAUCCCACACCACAGAACACCAGAGAAACCGCACAUAGUAUACGUCUAACAAAAGUUUUACCCUAAGGACAAUGUGGUAAACGUUAUUUCUUUACGACGUGCGUCUAUGACGGCGAAUUAUCGUCUUAUCGACUUUGAAAAAUGAACUUGCAAUAAUGUAAAUAGUGAUAUGAAUGAAAUUGUAAUAUGUGAUAGCUUUGUAUAUAGUCGUGUAAAUAUAAUAACCCGUGGAAACAAAGACAUUACAAUAAUAAUACUAAAUCCCAAUUUUGUACUUAACUUAUUUAGUCAUGUUAUAAAAACCUCGAAUAAUCUUUCGCCUAUUAUAGAGUGAUCUCUGGGUCGAUGUAAUGUUUUGUUUACUAGUUCCUGAAGAUAUGGGUACUCAAAUAUUAUUAAGUGCUUUGUAAAAAGAUGUUCAAUAAAUGAAUAUUUAUAUUCAUGUAUAAUUGUAUAGUAUUGUAUAUUUUCGAAUUAGAACACCAAUACUCGAUGAAAACUUUGUACAAAUAUGAGCAAUAUAGAUACUAAUUUCAAAUAUUAUAUGUCGUUAAUUUUACUCUGAACAUUGUUAUAGCAUACUUAUUAGUUACAUUUAGACGAAAAUUUUCUUGAAUAUUAUUAUGUACUACGUACUUAUAACAUUUACCUGCAUAUUAUACUUGACAUGUAAUCACAAUUUGAACCAGUUGCUCUGAUGGGAAGGAGUACAAAUAAUACAUUUUGAUUGGCUAUUUUUGUAUAUUAAUUUAAAUGCUUAUGUUCUUUAUAGAUACUCUGAUAUUAAUAUUUUUGUACUUAGUGAAUAUAUAUUGGUACCAAUUGAAUAGAAACUGGUCUGAGAAGAAAAAACAUGGUGAAGCCAACUGAUAUUUACUAGACGUAUUUUCUUUAAGUUUAUAAAUUCUUACUAAAUCUGUUUAAUUUGAUCAUAAAUUAUGAAUUUAUUUUUUCCUCAAAAGAAAAUCGGGCUUAGUUAUUGGGUGAAAACUACAGGGAAAAUAUAUUAAAAGAAAAUAAUCAAAGGUUUUCUCCAAAAUAAAAAAAAUCACUUUGACUUAAAAAAAAGCCAGCCUUAGGCUAAUACUUGGCUCAUUAAUGAGGUUUAUAGUAAAAACAAGGGUUAAACCAACAUUCAUUAUAUAAAACAGCUUAGAUUAUGGUUGAUCUUUUUUUAUUUAAUAGUAGGAAUAUUCUUCAUUCCAGUUUCUAUUAAGCUUGAAAAUAUAUCUAAUUGGAAAUUAAAUUUUCAUAAUAAAGCGUUUUUUUUUUUUUAUAUAAAUAUACAAGUUAUCCAUUAAAUUAAUUAUCGCAUAACCAAGCCACGAUACCUUUUAUCAAUGAUACCUACAGUCAUAAUGGUAGUGUAAGCCUAUUUAUACAUACUUACUACUUUAAAUUUUGUUAUGACUCAUUUAAAUAUAUAAUGCAUUAAAACAAAUGACAAUUAAACCAACUAUAAAACUUUA